UAACUCGACGUCCAGGCAAGCAGACCGCAGACCGCGCCGGGUGCAAGGACAACUCGGAUAAAGCAAUAAAAACAAAACGAGCAUUUCAUAAUAAAAUUAAAAACUGUUGCGGUUGGGCAUAAGUCCCAUAACUCACACGCCCCUUAAUGGCAAGACUUCUUACUUACUUAUACGAAGUGAACCACACAUAAAUUGCUGCCAUAGUUAAUUGCUAUGUGAAUGCACUCAACCAGCAUUUAAAUAAACAGAAUAUCCCUGGAGGCAGUGAGGACUAAGUGAAAGUUAAGUUUCCGAGAGCUGUAUUUAAGGAUUGGCAACAUUUAAGAGAGUAAAGUAGAGUGCAUGUUGUGCCCCAUUCCUUUGUUUUCCUGGUUAACACCCACAACCCACGGCACACAACCCAUUCCCACAACUGUUGGGAGGGUUCAUUGACUACCACUAAAGGUGGAACGAUACGGAUACGAUGAAGUCAUGCUACUACCGCUUAUGAGCACACCCCCACUGUAGUGAGAACCGGGCAAUGUGUUGCUUCUGUGCUCGUCUUUAAGCAACAAAAAGGACUCUGGCAAAAUGCAUCAAGUACUCAGCUAUGAGACGGCCGUGCGGGCAAACAGCUCCCGCGAAUACCGCGAAUAUGUCUCAAAGCGAACGUGCGCCUCUCUGGUGCUGACAAUUGCCUUCUUCAUGCUGAUAACAGGCUACUUGCUGGGAAAUUUUGUGUCCGAGCGAAAGUAUCACAUACUGCAGCUGACAAAGAGCGUAAUCAAGGACAUAGAUGGCGAGAGAUCCGUUCAAAUGAGCAACGCGGAUUAUGCCAGGCUGCAGGAACUACAAGCAUAUCAAAAGACAAAGGAACAAAUAUUGGCCACCGCCCAGGUGCUCAACAAACUGCAGCAGCAGGACGAGGGCGACACAUACUUGGCCACCUCGUUGAACACGGAAAUCUUCAACAAGUACAUCAGCUGCACCCAGGAUAUCCCACCAAACACCACCAUACCAGCCAGCCAGUUUAUCGAGCAACUGAUCGACAACACGGUGGCCAGGCAGCGGCAUUGCAUGAGGAUCAUUCAGGUGGUCAUCGACAAUCAUCUGGCCAACAGUCAGCUUUAAGGGAAAUCAAAACUGAGAAUGGAUUAGAGAGACUUAAGAGGGGUCCAAGGAAUUACUCACAGGUGUGGUGCUUAUGCUUAGGUGU